UCUACCGUUUAACAAGUCAUGUGUUGGAAGUUCUUGCAGGAUUUCAAACACAUCUACAAAGAGAUGUAAACUUAUUGUGCUUCUGAUUUGUGGAAUGUAUUUUUUGUUUGUUUUGUCUUUGUGGUCAGUGGGCCUUCUGACCCUGCAUGAGCACCAAGGGGAGAUGCCAGCAGACGGGGGUGUGUCGAGCUGUAAUUUUCAGUCUACGAUUGUAUUUGAGGCGGUAGAAUCAUGACAAGUAUGACUGAAAACAACAGAUUUAAACACGUCAUCUUAACAACACAGUUAUCUCUCCUAUUUGAACAUUUCAGGCUCAAACAGUUAAAGCUCCAAUCCAUAUUUACUUGGAAACCUGGAAGUAAACGGUACAGAUACAUGUGCUGAGUUAAUAAAAGGAUGACAUCUGUGUGUGUGUGUGUGUGUGUGUGUGUGUGUGUGUGUGUGUGUGUGUGUGUGUGUCUCAUCAUGGUAAAAUGAAGUCUUUAAGACAACCUACUGUAGCAGGAACUACUGCAGAAGCGGUUUUCAGUACUUUGCCAGGUGUUUAUCUUUCUGUCUGUGGACAGAUUUUGUCAGCGUUAUAGCGUCACAACUGUGCAAGAUGCUGUCAUGAGGGAAGGUGUAAUUAGUCCCCCACUUUACGCCCGAAUUGGUGUCACGGCUGUUGUGAUGGUCUCUAGUUUGGUCAUGUUUCUACCAAAUGCAUGUUGCACAAUUGACAUAAUGGAUGUAAUGGUUCUUUAACUGGUAGAAGGGUUUAAACAACACACAAAUUGGGAAAGACGGUCACACGUCAAAUGACCAACUGUAUGGAAUGAAUCGUCAAAGCAGCGUGAUGGUGAUUAUUAAGAGCUACUCUGACAGGCGACGAGCUGCUUGUCUUGUCCUCGGUCCUGAAGAUACAGGAGCAUCAGUGUGUUUUCUGUAAUGGCCCUCAGCUUCUCGCUGUUCAGGAGGAAAAACCUGCUGGAAGUACAGUUGAUUUAAAAAUGUUUCCUCAGUUACAUAACAGAGCACUUUUUGUUCCUGCUCGUCCACAAAGCUUUUCUUUAAUCAACCCAACGUCACAGAAGUCCAAAUCUGUGUCAGUGAAGCUUUGGCACAGAUUCUGUCUUUGUACUCGCUGUGUGUGUCUGUGUGGGUUUCAUUCGAAACAGUCAUGUCAUGCCUCGUCUGGAGUGUCUACAUGAGUAACCCGUUUCUGUGGCUCAGCAAUUCAUCAGCGCAGAGUCUUCAUUUAGAAUUCUGCAUGACAGACUUCAGAUUGACGCCAAGUAACGUUGCCAGUGCUUUGUAGCGCUUGCAUGAAUGAUGGUAUUGUGGCGUAGGGUGUUGCGUAGGGAGAGCUGAUUGCCGAAGCGCGUGCUGUGAAGAGGAGAUAGUGAACAGAGACUUGAGAAGGACAGGGCAGCGCAGACGAGGAGACGAGGACCGAGAAAGCUGUGGGAGGCAAAAAGAGGAAGGACUUGCUAGACCAGGACCACGGGGAGAGAAGUUAAACUGCUAGUUUCUGAGGCUGCCGUCUCCUCCCAACAGGAAUACGCAGGUGUAGACGAUAGAUGAGAGGAUGUUAGUAAGAGGAGACUAGAUUUGAUUUAUUUUUUUUCCCUGAGGAGAAUAGAUGGUUCACUAGCUGCGAGCAGGAUGCAUCUGGUUGUGAAACCGCCACACAAAGCCAUGCUCACCGUGCUGCCUCACUUUGUGGAGAAAGCUGCUCUGACUCGGAGGGAGAUCUGUCGCAUCCUCAGUGAGAGCUUCUUCAUGGUCAAAGGAGCCGCCCUCUUUCUGCAGCAGGGCGGCAGCGCACAAGGACCAAAGACCCCGACCCACCACAAACAUGCAGGUGAUUUACCUCAACACCUGCAGGUCAUGUUUAAGAUCCUCCGGUCUGAAGAUCGCAUUAAGCUGGCCGUACGGUUAGAGAGCGGCUGGUCAGACCGGGUGCGCUACAUGGUCGUCAUCUACACCAACGGCCAUCAAGAUACAGAGGAAAACAUCGUCCUGGGGAUGGACUUCACAGACAAGGACAGUAAAAACUGCUCUAUUGGGAUGGUGCUGCCACUGUGGAGCGAUUCCAACAUACAUUUAGAUGGAGAUGGAGGCUUCAGCGUGAACACGGCAGGGCGAUCACAUGUCUUCAAGCCUGUAUCCGUGCAGGCCAUGUGGUCUGCCCUGCAGGUCCUCCACAAGGCGUGCGAGGUGUCGCGCCGCUUCAACUACUUCCAAGGGGGCAUUGCUCUCACGUGGAUGGCCUUCUAUGAGAGCUGCAUCACCUCGGAGCAGAGCUGCGUCAAUGAGUGGAAUGCUAUGACCGACCUGGAGACCGCCCGGCCCGACUCGCCCACCAUGUUCGUCGACCGGCCAACUGAGCGAGAGAGGACAGAGUGUCUCAUUAAAGCCAAGCUACGCAGCAUCAUGACGUAUCAAGACCUGGAGAACAUCACCUCGAAGGAGAUCCGUAACAAGCUGGAGCAGCAUAUGAGCUGUAACCUCACAGAGUACAAAGAGUUCAUAGACAACGAGAUGCUUUUGAUCCUGGGUCAGAUGGACAAGCCCACACUCAUCCUUGACCAUGUGUACUUGGGCUCCGAGUGGAACGCAUCCAACCUGGAAGAACUACGUGACUGCGGAGUGGGUUUCAUCCUGAAUGUUACCAGAGAGAUCGACAACUUCUUCCCGGGGAUGUUUUCUUAUCACAACAUCCGCGUAUACGACGAGGAUGCUACCGACCUGCUGGCCCACUGGAACGACACCUACAACUUCCUCGUCAAAGCCAAGAAGAACAACUCCAAGUGCCUGGUGCACUGUAAGAUGGGGGUGAGCCGGUCUGCCUCUACAGUUAUUGCCUAUGCAAUGAAGGAGUACGGCUGGUCUCUGGAGAAAGCCUACAACUUUGUCAAGCAGAAACGGAGUAUAGCUCAGCCGAACGCUGGUUUCAUGAGACAGCUGGCAGAGUACGAGGGAAUCCUGGACGCAAGUAAACAUCGCCACAACAAGCUGUGGAGGCCUGAAAGCGAUAAGGAGGGAUCAGAUGAUUUGCAAGCCUCUGGCCACUGUACUGGUGGGGAGGAGACACCAGUGCUCAGAGGGGAAGAAGCCCUGGGAGGCUGCGGGGCCUCUCCGUGCAGGGUUAUGGGUCUGGAGAUGGAGCCCCUUGACUCUCUUAACUAUAACUAUUACUUCAGACGUUUGUCAGACUCUGCAUUAGACAGUGAGCCCUCCACUCCAGUGCGGGGCCCCCCUCUGGUAGGUAUGGAAAGAGUUUUCAUUGAGAUCGAAGACGUGGAGAGGGAUGCCCUAUUGGAGGACGAGGGUUUCCCCAUGGCCCAUUUAGCCCUGCCUGGCGAGGGCACGGCAGCUCAGACGUGCGGCCGCCUCGACCCCCUGGAGGACAUGAGACUGAGGCUGGAGAUCAGUACUUUGGAGGAGGAGGAUGAGGAGGAGGCCAAGAAAGAGGAAGCUGAGAUGGCGGCCCUGGCUCAGACACCUGGGAAUUCCGAUGGGAAGAGGCCAGGGGAGGAUGCUGAGAGGACGGAGGAGAGCCGGUUAGGCCUGGCCAACCUGAACACCAACAACAGCAACCGCAUGGCUGCCAAGCGCAGCUGCCCUGCAGCUUUUGACGACAGUGGUAGCACAGGAAACCCUUUAAAAGUGAAGCCCUCGUAUCAGUCCUGUAAAUACUGCCUCCGUCUACCACAAGUGCGGCGCUGUGACCGUCCAGCAGGAGGCCGUUCUCACCGCCUUAACCCCUCCCGCCACUGCACUAUCCCCACCAUAUGCAUAGAUCCGCCCGGGACCAAUUUUGCCUCCGCCCCAAUUCUGCAGUCUCUGCAAGCCCCCAUUGUUGUCCCACCCAACUUGAUCCAGCCCUCCAGUCAUCUGUACCGCUGCUCCACCUGCACCCCCGGUGUCCCACUAACCAACCGCCCCAAACCGGUCUCACCCAUGAGCUGCGAGGAGACUCCUCCUGGCCGCGGCUUGGUGGACACAGAGGACAUGGACGAACCACAGGGGGACGACAUGGGGGAAGGAAUAUCAAGGGAUGGUACGGGGGCCAUCAGUGUGGCUCCCGCUGAAUGUUUAGAACUACAACCUGGUGGUGCCAUGGAGCUCCAGCAGCAGGCUCUGGCCCAGCUGCAAAUGCCGGGACUGGGGUUAGAAUUUGGUCUGCAACUGAUGCGACAGAGGGCGGAGCAGCUCGAGAAGCUGCCAAGCUUGGCCAUGGAGGGCCAGCUCCCAGUGGGGCCCCUGCCUUAAUACAGUAACCCUUACAUGGAUGAGAUGGAGGAGGAGGUUGGCCACUGCCUUCAGCAGGAACCCUAUGACGGCUGUGGGCCUUUUUUAGAUGACUACCGCUGUGGUGUCGUACCAGAAACGAAGCUCUGCUUUGACCUGAACUGUCAUGUCCUGGCCUCAUAGCUGCACUGUCACAAGCUGCAAACAGCCCUCUCUGUAUUUCCAGAGAGUAUUCUGUCAUUGUCUCCUGGCACUAAGAUCCAGAUGAGGCUGGUUGUUUUGACCAUUCGCUGAAGGCUUGAGUGCUUCUGGCCAGGUAAGGACUGAAGACUUUCCCUGUGUCCUUCCACUUGUCCCUCAGACCGGAUGGAGGCUCACCUGGUCUCUUCUGAGCCUGCUGGCCCCACACCACAUACAGGAUCAUCACACCUCCCCACAGCCCAGUGGAGAUGAGCGUUAUGCUGCCGUAUUUACCCUCAACAGACUUGGCAUAUUCCA